AUGGCGGCUCCGCUCGCCUCUGUUCCUGGGUCUUCCAAAAAGGUCCGAGAAUCCCUCUCUGAUGAUGUCUCUGAUCAUGAAGGUACUAAUCCUUCGGAUUCCACUCCAAAGGCCUCUUCUCCUGUGGGUUCCACUCCUCUAUCCAAGUUUCAGACGAAGGUGAAGAAGAUUCCUCCACCCUGUUCCUCUUCUGAAACUGACCCAUAUGAAGCUUUUGUACCCUCUGAUGAUGAUCCCCUUGAUGAUGAUGCCUCUAUUGAUGAUGAUGUUGCAUCUGAAGCUGAAUCUGACCCAUCAGAGGACCAAUCUGUUUCUCCAAAAGGCAAGAAAGCUGUGAAAAUUCUUGAGAUUCGCACAAAGUCACUAGUGGUUCCUAAAGCAACAUCAGGUUCAUCAUUUAAAGCUCACUCUUUGAGUUUCCGUUUCAAUGAAAAUGAGAAAAGGAUGAAGCAUUAUGUGCAUCGAGAUGUUAUUGGCGAGAAAAAAAUUUCUUUCUCUGCCCAUAGAGUGUUUGGGGUCAUUAAUAAUAUUGAGGAUAGAGGGUGGUUAGGUUCUUUAACUGGGUUUGAUGGUUUUGUUCCUUGGGUUGUUCAUAAAUUCUAUGCUAAUCUUAAUGAUGAUUUGUUUGAUAGCAAGUCUUUUAUGUUUGGUCAAGUUUAUGUUCAGGGUCAUUGGUAUUUGUUUAGUGCUGCUGAAAUUGCCAAGGCUCUCAAUAUAUCUUCUGCUGUUAUCAAUGAUGUUGUGGAGUUCAACAAAGAUAAGGUUUUAUCUGAGUUGGUGGGACAGAAUAUGGUUUGGGAACAACACUCGAUUCUCAAGGUGACCGAUCUUACUCAUUACUAUGUCGUGCUUCACAAAAUUGCCAUCAACAACUGGAUUACCACCACUCAUACCUCCACCAUUACCUUUGACACGACCUUCUUUCUGUUCAAAGUCGGGACUGGUCUCCAAGUUGAUCUUGCUACUCUCAUUUUUUAUCAGAUCACCGCCUUAGGAAAAGUCAAAAAGAAAGGUCAAUAUUUGGUGUUUCCUCAUUUGAUCUACAAGUUGCUUGAUUAUCAAAAGUCUCUCCGAUUGGAAUAUGAAAUCGUGACACCUCGCAUUGCCGGUGUAGAUUACAAACUCAAGAAGGAAUCCUCAUCUGCCAAGACGACUAAAGGGAUUGCUCUCAAGGCUGGCGAUGUUGAAUCUGUCAUUACUGAACUCGCUGGUGUCAAGGCCACUCUGGAAACUGUUCAGAUAGAAGUUCACAGUCUCAAGAAUUGUCUCUCGACCAUAGAGCAACUUUAG